AUACUAUCCCUCCACCUGUCCCUCGUCUUAUCCUCACCCGCUUCCCGCCGUCCGCGGCCUGCCUGCAACCCAACAACGGCGAUGGCGGCGAGGGUCCCGGCGGCGGAGCUCAACCAGCACCCCUCAUCGCCGUUCGCCGCAUCCCGCUGCUACCGUCCAGGCGGCGCCGCCCUUCACGCCCCUCUCCGCGUGCCAUCCAGAACGCCGCGGAGGACGGAGGAAUCCAAAAGGAUCAUCCGCAGGGCCGCAGAGGAGCAGGGCGCCGGAGGAGCCAGGAGGUGGAGAAGGGAGCCGCUGCGGCGGGAGGCCGUCAGCGCGCGCCUCCGGGUGCCGGACCACAUACCCCGGCCUCCGUACGUCGGCGCGGACGCCAUCCCGUCCGUGUGCCCGGACCGGCAGGUGCACGACGGCGAGAGCGUCAUGCGUAUGCUGGACGCCUGCGAGCUCGCCGCCCGCGUUCUGCAGUAUGCAGGAACACUGGUCAAACCGGCUGGGACGACGGAUGAUAUCGACAGGGCUGUGCACCAGAUGAUUGUCGACGCCGGCGCCUACCCGUCACCACUUGGAUAUGGUGGGUUUCCGAAAAGCGUCUGCACGUCGGUGAACGAGUGCACCUGCCACGGAAUCCCUGAUUCUCGUGAGCUACAGGAUGGAGACAUUAUCAACAUUGAUGUUACUGUCUACUUAAACGUAUGUACUGCUUGCUAGCUGUUGUUUUCCUUAUCAGCCACCAAUUUCCUUCUCAUUGUGGUCAAGGGGUGCAGCACCAGGGUCAGCAUUGAGCCCUUAUCUA